AUGUAUCGGGCCACCCUGCGGUCUGUCUCAGACCCUUUGCGCGAGCAUGUCUGUCUUUCAUGCUUAGCUCGCGGCCUCGAAGCCCAGCCCUGGGCUCGCCGCUUCCACACCGCGCCCAGGUUGCGCUCCCAGGCCACCGAGUCUUCUUCCACUGUCGCCAUUGAAGAGCAACUGAAGGCGCUGGAGAAGAACCUCCCGGAUAGAAGGACACCCGCCCAUGUGAAAAAGUCCCUACGGACGCAAAAUCCCAAGUCACCUCAAAAUGCAGACAAGAAAGCGGUCCGAAAGGCCGCCAAGCAAGAAGCGAUGAAAGUACGCAAGAAGGACCCUGCAAACCAAGCAGCCGACGCCGAGACUCCGAAGGAGGAGAACAAACAACCGGAGCAGAAGGACAAGAAGGACCAAAAAGCUCGCGCGCAGCAGAAGACUUCUCCUGACUCCUCUACAUCUCCCAAGCCGCAGGUAUCGGUCAGUCAGCUUUACCAUUCCACUUGGACUAGCCAGGGUCUAACUCAAUGCCAGGCCAACAAGCAGUCUACCAAACUACAGCUCCCUGUUCCAAUUACCGGAAAGGACACCGGCAAGAUCAAUGCAGACCGUGACUCCGUGAAAGCCCUCGAUGUUGAGACCCCCGAAGUUCCGCAACUAGCCUAUGGGCUAGACAGAGUGCUGUUCAACCCGGGAGUCUAUCAUCUUCGGGAUCCGCGAUCGCGCGUUUACAAUUUCGAUCCAUACCUUGGCUCCAUUAUGCCUGUCACCGAAUUCGAUUUUGAAGCGUUGAAGGAGUACAUCACCUCAUCCAAGGACGAGCAGCUGCGGAGCCUGGCGCAGAAGGAGAAGAAGAAGUACAUUGGCUCCUCUUCCAGUAUGACAUCCGUUCUGUCGCACUUCCACUACCUCCUGUCCUACUGGAGAGAGGUCAAUAUCCAACAAGUGUCGCGGGGCUUUCAGGAAAGGUUGCGGACCUUCACGCGACUCUUGCGAGCUCCCUCGGCCAUGUUUCUGCGCUACCAGAACGGCGUCUAUGCCAUCGAUGCCGACAAGGAACACGAUACGGCCAACAUUCUCAUGAACCUGGGUAAAUCGAUGGAGAAGCUUUUGACCAUGCCAAAGGAGGAAUUCGAGCGCUACCGACGAUCUAGCUCCAACAAGAUCUCCGCGGAAGAGGAGCAGGCAGUGCCCGAAGCCUACCACUACUCGACAUACGGCGAUUUCCUGAUGCGUUCACAGCUGGAUGCCUACGACCCGCGGCUCCCCGGCACCGGCAUGUUCGAUCUGAAGACCCGGGCGGUGGCAUCCAUCCGCAUGGACGCCAAGAACUUCGAGCACGGCCUGGGCUACGAGAUCCGGAAAGCCCAUGGCACGUACGAGUCGUAUGAGCGCGAGUACUACGACAUGAUCCGGGCGGCGCUCCUCAAGUACUCUCUCCAGGUGCGCAUCGGCCGCAUGGACGGCAUCUUCGUGGCCUUCCACAACAUCGAGCGCAUCUUCGGAUUCCAGUACCUCAGUCUGCCCGAACUGGACAUGGCAUUGCACGGCCAAUACGACACCGCCUUGGGAGACCGGGAGUUCCUCCUGAGUCUGCAGCUCUGGAACAAGGUCCUCAACAAGGCGACGGCCCGAUUCCCCAAACAAUCUCUCCGCUUCCACUUCGAGACCCGUGACUCCACGGCCGGUCCACCCUACAUGUACAUCUUCGCCGAGCCCGUCACAGACGAGGAAAUUCACGCGAUCCAAACGAAGAAUCAAGCCGAAAUCGACGCCUACCAGCGCCGCGUGCUUGACCUACCCGGUCGCGCCAACGAAGACGACGACACAACAACAAACGACACCGAAGACAUCCCUGCCGACUUCGAGUCCUCCAGCCCCGCCGACGACCUGGCCGAAGACUCAGCCACAACCAAGUCCGAGACCUCCCAGGACGAAGCCGAGACGACCCCAGGCAAAGAAAUCAUGGGCUUUGCCCUCACCGUCCGCAACAUCGUGGACGGUGAAUACGUGGACCGCCCGAUCCAGUUCCAAUCCCCUAACAAGUGGUCCGUUGACUACGAACUGAACCACCUUGACAGUUCCAAGUGCUGGAAACUCUACAAUGCCUGCCAAGAACGCCGCCGGAAGGCACUCUCCGGCCGCGGCGAGGACGAGACUGAUGUUGCGGCCAAUACGUAUAUUCGCCGCCUUCGCGAAUACGCCAAGAAAGGUCGCAAGUACCGCAAGGAGCAGAAUAAGCUGGAUGAACAGGAGAAGCUGGUCGUUUUGCGCGAUUGA